CCACCGCAGACAGUCUGCAGCCUCUGCUGUCUCCGCCAGGCAGAGCAGGGAAGCACAGAGCCCAGCAGCGACCUGAACUCCUCAGGCCAUUUGGUUUCAAGCUGAACGGAUUGAUUGGACACCUUUGAGACCUGCUGCAGGAUAACAAUGCAUCAGAUUUGCGUCCUGAUUGAGCCAGGGUUAAUGCACGUCGGGACACACAUGGUCCUGAAGCUGUGACUGUGACCAGAACCGUCAAGGAAAUUCCUCCAUCCUCCAGGGUCACUUUAGGAGAUCAACACCAAACUGAAGUCUACUGGGAGAUGGCCUCUGAUGAAAACCAAACUAAACCAGCAUCUGCAGCACCAUUUCACCAUAUUUACCCCCUAUCCAAUGGGAGCAGACCCAGAAGAGAAGAUAAACGCGCUGCUAAUCUGUCGGAAGAAGGGCGGAGCUCUGAACAGCUGCGGCUUUCAAAGCAGCGGAGCUGUCCUUCACCCCCCCACUGCAGGAAGCGGUCACGUGACAGUGUCAAGGGGAAUUUUUUGGAUGAAAGUUAUAAAGACUUUGAGCACAGCUCGGAGGUCUCCGGUGCCACAGAAAUGCUUUAUGCCGAACUUUCUGUUGAACGUAUUGAAAAAAAAGCUGUGAUAUUUAGGAAGGACUCAGAGGGGUCUGUGUUGCUGGAAACCCAAGGAAAUAUUAUGAAGGAAGAUGGAAACACGCCUAGCAACAGUCCAUGUUCCUGUGGCUUGUCUUACUUUCAGAAAAGUCUGGAUUCUUACUUAUGCCACAGUGUUAAGUCCGCUCCGAGGCCCAGCUCCAGCUCCACUCCAGUUCAACGAUGUCAUCUCCGCCGUGGUAGUCUGCCUGUGUCCAUGCUGGCUUUUCGUAAGGGCAGUCCCUCCAGUGAGCCGAGCUCUUUGGCCUCCUCUCCCUGCUGUUCUCCUGAACGCUGCGGUUGGCAGCGCAACAAAAAUGGGCACAACCGUCUGUAUCGCCUCAAGGAUGGAUAUUCAAGUUUAGAGAGGCUAAACAGAAAGCCAAAGUUGCAAAAAACCCCAUUGGAAAGGGUAUUCGCUCGAAGGGCUUCUCUAGAAACGAUCCCAGCAGCAUUGGGGGAAUCCUCAGGAGGAGCUGCAAUCUCCAACUGGGGGAGCAACAGCAGCGAGGAGGAAGACCUGUUGGAUAGUGCAGGGUUUGUCAGUGAGCGUAAAGGACGGUCCACCGUGCUGGUGAGGCGGUUCUACAAGAAUAAUAAGAAGGUGACAAAGUCAGUGUGUGCAGGAACCAGAGCAAUUGUCAGGACAUUGCCCUCGGGUUGCAUUUCAGAGGAGGCCUGGGAGAUCAUGGUUAAAUACAGACUGUGGCAUCCUGCCAAAGAAGAUGUGUGGCCAACGUUGGUGUGUGGAGAUCAUUUCAGAGGCUGCAGAGAAAUGCUUUACUCCAUUAGAGUGAGCCCACACCUGGUUACCAGCUGUUUGCUGGACAGAGAAGAAAUCAAUCUAAUUCAUCCUGCCAGAAAGCUCCUGUUGCCUCAGUCUGAAUGUUCGUGUCGUAGGGAGGCUCUGCGUCUACACCACCUUGCCAGCACACUGGGACCAGCCUUGAAAACCGGCUUUAACUCUCAAUGUUUUCAACAUUAUCUUCCUCAUAGAUUGUAUCGAGCUUGUGAUCAGAGGACGUCCCUGUCUUCGCUGCUCACCGGAGCUCUCCUUGAGGCCACAUUAUCUGUAGGGGCUCGAGCAGCUCUUCCCUUUUCCGUACCCCAGUGCUCUAACAGCCACGCUGUGUUAAAAGAGCGUCAGCUGGCCAACAGUAUGACCAGCAGCAGCUCUCUUCCUCCCAAUGUCAGCGGGAUCAGUAAGGAGCUGGCAGAACUGCGGCACCUCAUUCAGUUCCCAGAGGAGAUUGCCUGCAUCCUUACUGAACAGGAGCAACAGCUUUAUCAGCAGGUCUUUCCCUUAGACUACCUCUGUUUCCUCACUCGAGAUCUUGGCAGUCCCGAGUGUCAAACGAGACGCCAUCCAAACCUCAAGGCCUCGCUUUCGGUGCCUGCCAUGCCCACUCAGACUGCUCAGCGAAGCAAUGCUGUGGAGGACCUGGUGGCACGUUUCAAUGAGGUGAGUUCAUGGGUGACGUGGUUAGUCCUGACAGCUGGGUCCAUGGAGGAGAAAAGAGAAGUUUUUUCCUACCUUGUCCAUGUCGCCAAAUGCUGUUGGAAUAUGGGAAACUACAACGGUGUCAUGGAGUUCCUGGCUGGACUAAGAUCCCGUAAAGUGUUGAAGAUGUGGCAGUUUAUGGACCAGUCAGACAUCGAGACCAUGAGAAGUCUGAAGGACGCCAUGGCUCAACAUGAAUCUUCUUCAGAGUACAAGAAGAUCGUAACUCGAGCACUCAACAUCCCAGGCUGCAAGGUGGUACCAUUCUGUGGGGUUUUUCUAAAAGAGCUAAGUGAUGCAUUAGACAGCACAGCCAGCAUCAUCAGUCUGAAGCAAUCUCCAGAUAACACAGAUGACUCAAUAGAGUUUGUGUCUGACUUCAGCGGGCAGCAAAAUUUUCUGUCCCGCUCCGGACCGGAUGGGCUGCACAUCCCAGAGAAAGAGGCAACUGUCAGCAACAUCCUGCAGAUUAUUAGAUCAUGCAAUCGUAGUCUGGAGUCAGAAGAAUCCGAUGAAACGUCGACAAGUCCAUCCUCAACUGGUCCAGCCCCCGCACUCAGAUGCAACUCUUUACGGGACCGCUGCCGCAAUCAAUUCACAGUUGGAGACUUGUCAGACUCGGAUGGUGACUUGUCCACUGAACCAGUGAUGAAGGAGGUGGAGUUUCAGGGUACUGAAGAGACGCACAAAGCUUUCAGUCACGGCACGGAGCUCAUUCCCUGGUAUGUACUGUCAUUGCAACCAGAUGUUCACCAGUUCCUGCUGCAGGGUGCUACAGUCAUUCAUUAUGACCAGGACAGCCAUCUCACAGCUCGCUGUCUGCUGCGACUACAGCCUGAUAACACCACACUCAUCUGGGGUAAACCCCAAAGUGGAGGAGCCUCCCCCACAGAACAGCCGCCCGGGUUAGGGCAGAGUGUGAUGUCCGGGUUAGCAGAAGGCCUCUUGGACCUCACAGUGGUGAAGGCAGUGUUUCUGGGCCAUCAGGGGGUUGACGUUCACGCUGUGUGUUUGCAAAACAAGCUGAGCCAUAUGACCGUGGAGGAGAACGCUCUGACUCUGCUCUAUGGUCUCAGUACCACUGACAACAGACUACUGCACUUUGUUGCACCGAAACAUACCGCACAGACGCUCCAUAAGGGCCUCUCAGAGCUGGUGGAUGCAACCAGGAAACUGAAGAAGUUUCCCGACCAGAGAUUGCAGUGGUUGAGGAGGCAGUACGUUAGCUUGUAUCAGGAGGAAGGCAGGUAUGAAGGCCCCACAUUAGCUCAGGCCAUUGAGCUGUUUGGUGGGAGGAGGUGGAACAUGGGCACAGGUGCUGUAGAGAAACAGAGUAAUCAGAAAAACAGUCCCCUGGGCAUCAGUGAGAAAUCCAAGAGGAAAAAGAAGGUUCUUGUAAGGGGAGACAGUGGGGAUGCCACUGAUGAUGAAAUGGUAUCCAGGAAGACUCGAAGUUGUAAGGAGGGUUUAUAUCGAAAUGGUCCUGAGUCCGACAGCAUCGACCAAGAAGAUCCAGACGACAACUUCCCUGGACCUUUUUCCCUGUCAUCCAACAAGAGCUCUGGGUUGCUAGCCUCUUCGUCCUCAUCGUCCUCUUCCUCCAGCAUGGCUGGGUCCAACCAUUCCCGUCCACAAUCAUCUCCAAUCAUGUCAGGGACUUCUAAGUCACAAGCAGGAGCCUGGAGCAGCAGAUCAUGGCACGGUCGAGGUAAAGGCUGCUUCAGGGGCUUCCAGAAUCUCAUGAUUUCUGACAGCACCAUGAACUUCAUCGAAUUCGUUGAGCUCUUCAAGUCAUUCAGCAUCCGUAGCAGAAAGGACCUAAAAGAACUGUUUGACACCUUCGCUGUCCCCUGCAGUCGCUCGUCUCCGGAAUCCUCCCCUCUUUACACCAACCUCAGGAUAGAUGAUAAAGACACGGGGAUUCAGCCUGACCUGGACUUAUUAACCAGGAAUGGAUCUGAUCUUGGCCUGUUUAUCCGGACGAGGCAGCUAAUGUCAGACAACCAGAAGCAGAUAUCCGAUGCAAUUGCGGCAGCCAGCAUUGUGACGAAUGGUACAGGGGUGGAGAAUGCAUCAUUAGGUGUUUUAGGAUUGGCCAUACCGCAGCUCAAUGACUUUUUGGUGAACUGUCAAAGACAGCACCUGAGCUAUGACGAGAUCCUCAGCAUUAUACAGAGGUUUGAGCCCUCAUUAACCAUGAGACAGAUGGGUUGGAUGUCAUUUGAAGGCUUUGCAAGGUUCCUUAUGGACAAAGACAACUUUGCUUCUCGUAAUGAGGAGUCUCAGAUGAAUCCAGACGAGCUGCAUCACCCGCUGUCAUAUUACUACAUUGAAUCUUCUCACAACACCUACCUGACUGGUCAUCAGCUCAAAGGGGAGUCCUCUGUUGAGCUUUAUAGCCAUGUUCUGCUUCAAGGCUGCAGGAGUGUGGAAUUAGAUUGCUGGGAUGGAGAUGAUGGCAUGCCAGUCAUAUACCAUGGACACACGCUUACAACUAAAAUUCCCUUUAAGGAUGUGGUGGAAGCAGUAAAUCGAUCUGCAUUUAUCAACUCUGACAUGCCGGUCAUAUUGUCCAUAGAGAACCACUGCUCGCUUCUGCAGCAGCGCAAGAUGGCUGAAAUAUUCAAGAGCGUGUUUGGGGAACGUCUUGUGACUCGUUUCCUGUUUGAGGGCGACUUCAGCGAUGACCCUCACCUGCCAUCCCCCCUGCAGCUGCGUGGGAAGAUUCUCCUUAAGAACAAGAAGCUCAAAGCCCAUCAGGCGCCGGUGGACAUCCUCAAACAGAAGGCUCACCAGCUGGCACACAUGCAAGCCCAGGCAAGCAAUGGAUCCCCGGGAGUUUCUUCCCCCAGCAACCACACUAAUGAGGAAGAGGAAGAAGAUGAGGAUGAAUAUGACUAUGAUUAUGAGUCUCUAUCAGAUGCUGAUGUCCUCACAGCCUCUACUGCCUCAUAUGGCCUUGAAGAUAACAUCCUGGAUGACAAACCAGACUCUAAGAGCCCGGCAGACAAAGAGGAGCAAAGUGUUGACGAAUUGCCGAAGAGGAUAAAGAAAACGGACAUGAUUCAGAGCAAAGGAAAGGUUUUUGACAUGGAGCUGGGUGAGGAGUUUUACCUUCCUCAGAACAAGAAGGAGAGCAGACAGAUUGCCCAGGAGCUCUCUGACCUCAUCAUCUACUGCCAGGCUGUAAAGUUUCCUGGUCUAUCUACAUUAUCUCCGUCUGGCUCCGGCAGAGGGAAAGAUCGAGGAAAGAGCAGGAAGUCCAUAUUUGGAACAGCUCCUUCUCGCUGUAGCACAAUGGGGGAGGUGACCGCUCAGAGCCGCACGUCAGGAAAAAGUGGCUCAGAACGACUCAGCUGGGAGGAACAACAGACAUCCCCCGUCCUCAACCCCCCCACGUCGCUCAGCGCCAUCAUCCGCACACCCAAGUGCUACCACAUCUCGUCUGUCAACGAGAAUGCAGCCAAGAGACUGUGUCGGCGCUACUCUCAGAAGCUGAUCCAGCACACAGAGUGCCAGCUCCUCAGGACGUAUCCAGCUGCUACCAGGAUCGACUCCACCAACCCAAACCCGCUUCCAUUCUGGUUGCAUGGAAUUCAGCUGGUGGCGCUCAACUAUCAGACAGAUGACCUGCCCAUGCAGUUAAACACGGCGCUGUUUGAAGCUAAUGGUUGCUGCGGCUAUGUUCUGAAGCCCGCUGUGCUCUGGGACCGUAGCUGUCCACUUUAUCAGCAGUUCUGUCCGAUGGAAAGAGAUCUGGAGAAAAUGAGCCCGGCAGUGUUUUCCCUCACUCUUCUUUCUGGACAGAACGUCUGUCCCGGCAGCAGCUCCGGCAGCCCAUGCGUCGAGGUAGACGUCCUGGGAAUGUCAGUGGACACCUACCACUUCCGUACCAAACCCAUCCAUCGCAACACCCUCAACCCCAUGUGGAGCGAGCACUUUCAGUUCACCGUGCAUUUCGAGGAGCUGUGUUUCCUGCGAUUCGCCGUGGUGGAGAACAACAGCUCCCAGAUUACUGCACAGAGAACUCUGCCUCUGAAAGCCCUUAAACCAGGUUACAGACAUGUUCAGCUGAGAACGCAGCAUAACGAGCCUCUUGAAGUGUCCAGCUUAUUUAUCUACAGCCACAGAACUGAGGAAGGUCCCACAGGGGGCGCCACUCCCUCAUCUUUGCUGUUCAGUUCAGAGGAGAAGCGUGUUUCUGAGCAGCAUAGAGUGACGGUUCAUGGAGCUCCUGGUCCAGAACCCUUCACAGUCUUCUCUGUCACAGAGCAGACCACCGCCAAACAGCUGCUGGACAUGGUUGUGACAUCUGAAGGAAACCAUUUAGAGUACUUCUUGUGUGAGGAGAAAGUGCCCCUUCUUAAGGAGAGAAGCGAGGUAAAGCGCUGCGCUCAGUACCGGGUCCUUGCACCUGAGGAAGAGGUGGUCAGGCUGGUCAGCAGCUGGGACGCCGAGGAGGGAUAUGUGGGGAGGAUCUGCCUCAAAACAAGAGAGGAGAACCUAAAUGACAAAGACACAGUGCUGGAGAGAGAGGAGGAGGUAACGGUGGGGGGGAAAGAAGGAGCAGGAGGUGGUGGGGGCAGUGGAGGAGAAGAUGAGAUGUUCUUUGUCCAGGUCCAUGAAGUUUCACCAGAACAGCCUCACACCGUGAUCAAAGCCCCGCGGUACAGCACAGCGCAGGACAUCAUCCAGCAGACCCUGUCAAAGGCAAAGUAUUCCUACAGUAUUCUGUGCAAUCCCAAUCCCUGUGAUUAUGUGUUGGUGGAGGAGGUUUCCAGGGACACCGGUUCUAAGAAGUCCUCCACCACCAAGCCCCUUCAGCGCGUGCUGCUGGACCACGAGUGCGUUUACCAAGCUCAGAACCGCUGGAGGGGUGCUGGAAAAUUCAUUCUUAAAUUCAAAGAGCAGUUGUUGCGGGAAGACAAAAAGAAAGUGAUUUCCUUUGCCAGCGAGCUGAAGAAGCUGACCAGUCGCAGCCGCAGCAUGACGACGGGCAUGGCAGCGGAUGGUCCAACGCAGAGGUAUCUCUCUGCAGCUGCAGAACUGAAGGCUUGGGUGACUGACAGCAGGGUUGAGACCGGAAGGUUGAUCCAGGGCUCCUCUUCCCCCUCCGCCUCCUCCUUUAAUGGAGAUCUCCAACCUUUCCACCUUCCCAACUGCUCUCUGACCCUCCGAGCCUUGAAGCUUCAUCUGCUGCGGAACUGGAAAAUCCACAAAUAAGAUCCGGGAGAGAAGCACUUGCACUGACUACUUGUGAACUUGGAGGUUUCCCCUUUUUCUUCAUAGAAGUGUCUGAGUUGUCUUUGAUAUCUGGCUGGAUUCUUAAAAAGAAUGUUGACUGGAUAUAAACCGCGUUUCUUCACUUGAAUGAUUCAGGAAGCUGGAUUCCACCGGAUUGUGUUCCUUUUGUUUUUACAGUCAUGUUUGUGGCUACUUUAGAGGGCCCAGAGUACCAGGGGCAGCUGUUAUUAACCGCAGUCUUCAGGGACAUUAAAUAGCACUAAACUAUUCCUGUCUUUUCUGAUGAGCAGGAGGAAAAUGAACCCUGAGGGACUUUCAGUGGAGAAAGAAGUAUGAGUUUAAUCUGCUUAAUGAGCUGCUCAAUGGAUAACGGAUUUUUAUUUCUUUAUUUAAAGCAACAGACUAUCCACUGGGUUGUUUUGUUAUUAAGAUGAUCCAACGGUGUCGACUAGUAGCAGAUUGAGAAGGAUGCUGAUUAAAAUGAAGGCAGUUUUAAGUAUGAUGCUAUUCUUCCUCUCAUGGCUCCAGAGAUUAUGAAGGAGGCAGGCAAGCAGGCUUGUUUGGUUCUUCUCUUUCUGUUUCAGGCCUGUAGCGCUGUAUUAGCACAGUUUGAGACAGAGCAGUAGACUUGUCCACUUUUACGCAGUUAUUCACUAAUAGAAGUUGUGAGGCGUUUUGUUGAACACUAACAUGCCCGCACUAAGGACGUUUGAGGCAUCCUGAAACAGUGGAUGAUAGGUGUGCAAUAUUGGUUUCUGUUCAGGAGUAACUAUGGAAACGUCUCCCAGUUGCCGCUGAAGAAUGUUGCAUAACUGCCUCUUAAUUUUGAAGAUGAUUUUAAGGACAUUCAAAACUGGCAUCAAAAAUCUAAGAGCUCACGUCUCCUAUUAAUCAUCAUUUUGGUGAUAAAAAUUGAUGCAUGUUUCAAAUUAUAUAGAUUUUAGUUAUAUAGAAAUGAAACUACAUUUAGAACCAACAUCCACACUAAUUUGAUCUAAAAUUUUACCCCACUAUUUAAAUUUUUUUAUCUGUUGUAGGUCUUAUUUUGAUCAUAAUAAAAUAUUAUUUUUCUUUUUAGUUUUACACAUUAUUUCAAUGCAAAGUUCAGCUCAUGUGAUUUUAUUCUAACAGCAUUUUGCACAUUUUCUUCCAUUUCUUUUUGGCUAUUUUAAGUGUCAAAAUGUCUUUUCUUUCUUAUUUUUGACUGUUUUGUGUAACUUUAUUGCUAAUCCUGUUUUUUUCCUUCAUUGUUUAGAAUUUACCGUAAGAAAAAUGUGAGAUUAAUUCAAGUUCUUCAUAUCAAGGUAUCAUCUGAGCUUAAAAUCUGAAAUACUAGACCAUUAUUUGUAAGGAAAAGCAAAAUUAGAUUCAGUUUGAACCAUUUUUUCCCAUUUUUUUUACG